AAUAGGUCAAAUUUUGAUGCGGACGAAAUAAGGCACGACGGCUAUAAUUGCGCCACGUACCAUGUCCAGGCCGCUUUGCCGCCGGCCUUGAGUUUCUCGGUGCGUGUAAAGGGGCGCAGUCGGACGCACACCUUGAUGCGCUUAUCGCGCGUGGGGGCGCUGGACGACGCCAUGCCGCUGCAGGCGAGGGGGGAGUGCGAAUCCGAGACUAAGGCCUCGGGGAUUGUUCCGGGCAGCUCGGCGCUGCUACAGACGGCGCAGAGAGCGCGCGCCGCGGCAAUGAGGGAGUCCGGCGACGGUACCGUCGUCCCAUCCACGUCUUGACCCAUCGUGGUGUACUCCACACAAGAGCAAACGAGCCAGCCUUCUUCCGAGUCGUCAAGUGGUGUGCCCGUGUUCCUGCAGUGGGUUUUGGUGAUCUAUGGGCUCAAUAGACUGCUGUAGUUGCACUGCAAUUGCCGCUGUUUUCGUUGUGGCAUGAGCUCUAGAGCUGGAAGGUUCCCCCCGAGACUUUCGAUGUUUGUUGCUACGUUGAGACGCGUUGUGGAGCCAUGAGUGACGUGGCCAGCUCCGGCGAGACGACCAACGUGUGUUUGAUGGGUUCGUUUUCCAGCGAACUAUCAACGACGACUGCGAGGCAUUUAUUUGCCAACAAGCUGAGCUACAUGCACUCGUACUCGAGCCUUGGUGUGAAGACUUUGGACGCACUGACUCGUGUGGAAUUUUGCUGCGAGCCGGAUACUGCGGCACCUGCGGAUUCUGCGGAUGUUCGGCCCUGCCUACCGGAACUCGAGUUGCCUCUCAACGUCCGCCUGCUCCAGUCGUUCGCAGACCUGGUCAGACAGGACACGCGAAAGUGGCACAUCGAGCUGUGCAGCGAUGCAGCAGCAAUAAAGCUCAUGAGUCAUGACGCACCAAAAAACUUGCCGUCUACGAAGAAGAAAUUUUUGCUUCCUCUUCACAAACUAGGAUGUUCACAAAGGUGCCGUUGCUGCCGGCUUUGGGGCUCGGGGAUCCCUUCAACGUGGCGGCGAUCUUCCAGUAGGAAGAUCAGAGUCAAAGUUGCAGUCUGAAAGGUGCAGAGACGGGGUGAAAGGCCUCACAAUCGGACGAUGAAGUGGCAUUCAUGUUCCAAGAUCCGUCUGUGAUGUUCGUCACACA